UCACAGUCACAGUCAUUCCCGGUGCCGCCAGGAGACGCCCAUGUUGCCAGCCACCACUACUCACCCAAGGCGAAGGACUUUGCAUUCGAUAGAGAGUCCCGGAGAGAGAAAGAUAUCGAGCAAGGAGAAGGAGAGCUCUCGGAAAGAACCCGAUCAUACACACACUAUACGCAAGAAUCCAGAUGGAAGACGUUCACUCGGUCUGUACCGCAGGUCCGAGAGCCGACGCACCAGCAGAACAAGAUAGUCGACGCAGACUGGCUCAACCGGAAUUUUGGCGACUACUCGGAUCCAUGGCAGGGAUACAUCGACGAGAAGGCGGAUGAGAGCGCCCGGCACUCGGCUACCUUCAUCCAGCGGCGGAAGAUAUGGAUGAAAAGGGUUCAGUACAAGAUCCUGCACAGUCCCAUGGUGCCUCUGAUCAUCCGUCUUACCGUCUUCAUCUUCUCGGCCAUUGCCCUCUCGCUGGGCGGAUCAAUUCGACAUCUCUCGACGACACAUAGCCGGCCCCAAGGUCCGUCUCCGCUCAUGGCCAUUAUCUUCGAUGCAAUUGCACUUGUUUACCUGGUUUAUAUCACGUAUGAUGAGUACACGGGCAAACCGCUUGGACUGCGGUCAGCCAGCGCAAAGAUACGGCUGAUCUUCCUCGACCUGGUGUUUAUUGUCUUUGCAUCGGCGAAUCUCAGCCUAGCGUUUGCUUCUCUGUCCGAUGUGAAUGGUUCAUGCUCCAGUGGAGAUAUAGAUCUCACCAUCCACCCCAGGAACGACAAGAUCUGUGAUAGACAGAAGGUAUUAGCUGCCGUCUUGUUGGUUGUACUGGUUGCCUGGCUCAUGACCUUCAUGAUCAGUGCUCUACGGUAUGUUUCUCUCCCUUCUCAAAUUAUCUCUGCCCCAAUUAUCUCUGCCGCUGCUAACGUCCCUCCCUAUUCCAGAGUCAUCGAGCGAGUGGCAGCCAAGUAG